GGAGGCAACCGCGGCGCAGGUGUUCGACCAGUGCGGCCUUUCGAGCAGCACGCUGGGCAUCGUCGCCGAGAUGUACCUCCGGCUCGGGGCGUCGCUGCUGCACGGUGCCGAGGCCGAGGCGGCGGGCGGGGCGUCGUUCCUGCACAGCGCCGAGGCCGAGGCGGAGCGCGGGGCCGACGAGGCGGCGAAGGGAGCGUCGUCCCUGCACAGCGCCGAGGCCGAGGCGGAGCGCGGGGCGGAGGAGGCGGAGGACGUGACGCGGCACCUUUCGGAGGAGAGCGGGCGGCGAACGCCAGCGCCCCGAACGGCACCGGCAGCCUCGAGCUGGCGCCGGCGCCGGCGCAGGCGCGAGGCACGGCCUGCCGCCCGACCUUUGCGGAGCUCCGGGCGGCGUGCCACCGCUUGCCGCGCGGCCAGGGGGCGGUCGCGUUCCCGGCCCCGUGGCUCGGCUGGGUGCCCUGCGACCCGGACCUGAGCUGCAGGGAGGGGACUCUCAGGUUCGCGAAGGAGCUCCUCGCGGCCGGUCUGCUGGUGCUCGCGCUGCUGCCAUUCCUGUGGUGCGCCCUCCGCGCCCAGCUCCGCAGGGAGGAGAAGCGCAUCUUCGGCGCCUCGGGCGACGAGGCCAACGAGCCGCCGGGCUGCUGCUCCUGCUGGCCGACGCGGGGCUCCAGCGCGGCGAACAGCAGCGCCCAGAGCCCGUCGCGGGGCAGCUCCACGUCCUCCGGCGCGUCCGCGCCGCCCGCGACCCAGGCGCGGGGCCCGACCUUCGGCACCGCCAGGAAGAGCACCGGGGGCCUCUUCGCCAAGAGCACCGGGGGCCCGGCCUUCGGCGCGGGCGGGGGCGGGCCGCGCAGCAGCGCCUCCACCGGCCCGAGCUGGGGGCAGCGGAGACAGCGCCCGUAGGCUCCGCGGCGAGGGUGGGCGCUGGAGCUGGCUGGGGAU